UAUUCUUUUAUUUAAACUGACAUCCACACUUGAACUCAGGAACUCAAGAACACCCACACUUCAACUCUAGGAACUCAGGAAUAUCCACACUUCACCUCAGUAGUGAAGACGUUUCAGCAUGAGUUUGAUGAUCUGCUAUAGCAUUUUUGUCUUGGAACUUUUCGAAAUGACUGUUUCUCCUGCUGAUGCCAUGAAUGUGAAUAAAGCCUGUCAGACUGAAAAAGGACUUCCUUGUAUCUUCCCCUUUGUGUACAGGGAACGAAUCUUCACUACUUGUACUACAAGUGAUGGAGAUGUGAGACCCUGGUGUGCUACUGCUGUCUCUGCUACCUUGAAUCUUCAACAUCAAGAUUCAUGGAGCUAUUGUAACAGAGACUGUCCAGGAGUUACUGCUGUUAGCAACAUUUAUGUACAUCCUGACAAUGCUGUUGGUCAAUGCAAAUGUGGAGUUCCAAAUGAUAUAGAUCAAGAAUCAAGAAUAGUUGGUGGAUGGAAAACAAGGACAGGGGAAUAUCCUUGGCAGGUUGGAUUACUCUUUGGAGGUGACCUGCCAGAUAAGCAAAUAUGUGGAGGAACAUUAGUUGGAGAUAAAUAUGUUAUAACAGCCGCCCAUUGUACUUAUAGAAAACUGAAAUUCUGGCUCAAAGUUUUAAUUGGGGCUACAAGUCUUGCAACAGUUGACCCAACAACAAGCUUUGUUAUAUCAAUUUCAGAUAUCAGAGAACAUCCCAAUUUUAAUCCUGAACUUUUAACGAAUGACAUUUCUGUUCUGCUGCUUUCAACUCCUGUUGAUUUGAAAUCAUUUCCCAAUAUUAAACCAGUAUGUCUUCCUUACAUCACCAGAAUGGCAUACUUUCAAGGAGAGUUAGGAAUAGUAUCUGGAUGGGGAACUACAGGAAUUGAAAGCCCAUUGAAUUCUGAACUGUUUGAGGUAAAUGUUAAAGUGCUGGGAAAGUCUGAUUGUGGAUUUGACAGUGGACGAAUCACUGAUGAUAUGUUCUGUGCUGGCUGGAUUGCUGGAGGUAAAGAUGCAUGUAAAGGUGACAGUGGUGGCCCUCUGAUUGUCAAAGAUGACAAUAACAAUGGUGCUGCCACUCUUAUUGGGUCAGUCAGCUGGGGGAUUGGAUGCGCAGUUCCUAAUGCUCCCGGAGUCUUUUCAGACAUUACAUAUUUUAUGGAAAAGGGUUGGUUGAUUUCUCAGAUGCCAGAUCUAAACACAUGCCCUCCUCCAACCUCAUUCACAUGGACUAUUAAAACUGAACCAGAUCCAAUUUUACCAGAACAUAUAACUUCAUCUUCAACAGAAAUGCCAUCUUUACCAGCAAUGUCAUCUUCAUCAGAACUUAGGUCAUCUUUAUCAGAAAUGGCAUCAACUUUAGAAAUGCAAUCUUCCCAAGAAAUGCCGUCUUCACCAGAAAUUAUGUCUUCGCUAGAAAUACCAUCAUCACCAGAAAUGUUAUCUUCAGCAGAAAUUCCAUCUUCAACAGAAAUUCCAUCUUUAACAGAAAUUCCAUCUUCAACAGAAAUUCCAUCUUCACCAGAAAUGCCAUCUUCAACAGAAAUGCAAUCUGCACCAGAAAUGCCAUGUUUACCAGAAAUACUGUCUUCACCAGAAUUGCCUUCUUUGCCAGAAAAUUCAAAAGGUUGUUUGACAGAAAAUAGUUUACCUGAAGUUUUAGUAGUUUUAAAAAGAACAAGGAGAGUGAGAGAUAAUGCAGCAUGCCAACAAAUAUGCCUGGAGGAACCAAGAUGUCUGUAUUGGGCUUACUACUAUAAAUCAGAAAAGUUGAGAGGAAACUGUAGACUAUUUGGUUUGGAGUAUAAAAACAUGGAGUACUGGACAACUGGUUCUAGACUAUGUUGAUAUUGGAACAGCAUGGAUUGGACAAAAAUAUUUAAAUAGUAUAAUCAAUUAUUAUUCAAUCAAAAAACAUACUUUCAUUUAAACAAUAUAUUUCUAAACAUUGAGCGAAUUUUG